AUGCUGACGUUGUUCCUGGUGGCAGCGCUGGUCGUGGUGCUGGUUAUGGUCUACAGGGAGCUCCUUGCCUGGCCUGAAAACUUCCCGCCCGGGCCUUUCCGGCUGCCGGUGUGGGGCAGCUACUGGUGGCUGCUGCUCAGGGACCGCCGCCGCAUCCCCGAGGCUCUGCGCCGGCUGAGCGCCGACUACCGCACCUCCACGCUGGGCCUCUUCCUGGGGCCGCUGCCGGCCGUCUACGUCACAGACGAGGCCUCCAUCCGGCAGCUGCUCUCCAGGCCUGAGUUUCAGGGUCGCCAGACCACCGUACUCUCCGAUACGCGCACCUUCGGCAGGAACCUCGAAACCAAUUUCUGUGUAAAGGAGAAAUCAGUGUUUGAUUUGGCGAGUGCAGGCGUGUCGUUGGCAAACGAGCCCGCGUGGCGGCGCCACCGGCGCUUCUCGCUGAGCCAGCUGCGGGACCUGGGCUUCGGCAGGCGCUUCCAGCCGCUGGAGCUGGAGACGGCCGCGGAGGUCAGCGACCUGCUCGACCUGAUGGCGGGCCGCCGACACGACCAGGGAGUAGUCCCGACACCGAGCCUCGCGGUACAUCCAUCCCCGCCCCGUAUCUCAGCCCUGCAGUGUCUGACCCGAGUGCAGCACCAGUCAGAGAUGUCUGCCAUGCAGAGCGUGCGGAGGCCGUGCGACGGCGCCGUGCUGUUCCCCGACGCGACGUACCGCUGCUUCGCCGCCGUCACGUGGUCCAUGUUCGCCGGGACGCGCCCCGGUCGCGCGUCCGACCGCCAGCUCCUCCUGCUGGGCCGCCGCGGCCGGCAGAACGUUCUGGCCACCGACGGCACCGGCAACAUCAUCAUACAGACGCCCUGGCUCCGCCACCUGUCGCCGGGCCAGUUUGGGCUCGCUGAUUUUGUCCAAGGACACAAUGCACUCAUCGACUACGUGAAGCAAACUUUUGAUGAACAGUUGGCUACCUACUCGGAAGACCACACGCGUCAUUUCCUUGACGUCUGCAUAAAGGAAAUGAAGAAGGACGCCGCAGACCAAGGCUUACCCUUCAACAUUGAGCAGGUGAUCGCCACGGGUACGGACCUGCUGCUGCCAUCACUGACGGUGACCACCACCGCUCUGGCAGAAACCGUGCGCUGCCUAGUGCUGCACCCAGAGGUGCAGACCAAGGUGCAUCUCGAGAUUGACAGCGUGGUGGGCAGAGGCCGGCUUCCCACGCUGGAUGACCGCCCAAAUCUACCAUAUUUUGAAGCUACCAUUCGUGAAGCUCUCCGCAGGAAGACCGCUGUGCCUCUCAGUGUUGCCCAUGCAUCUACAACAGAGGCAACUCUCAAUGGGUACACUCUUCCAAAGGGCACAAUUCUGCUGCCAGGUCUCGAAGCUUUCCACAUGAAUCCAGAAGUGUGGGGGGAUCCAGAAAACUUCAGACCUGAGAGAUUCCUUGAUGAAACAGGCAAGCUUUUGCCAGACAGGACACUGCCAUUUGGAGGAGGUCGGCGAGAAUGCUUCGGGAAGACCUAUGCUCGCAACAGUUUGUUUCUUUUCCUUGGGGGAAUGCUGCAGUCCUUUACAUUGCAACAGCCACAGAGUGAAAAGCCGCUCACACUUGAUGGCUUGUGUGAGUACGGAAUUGUGACUACACCAGACAGUUUCUGGAUAAAUGCAGUACAGCGACCAGAAGUACCCAGAAAAAACUGAAUGUGAGGCA